AUGUCAAGCGAGCCAAUGCUCAUCAUCUCCAGCAUCGGCAUAUCAAAAGAGAAUACCUGCUUAAUUAAAGCGCGUAGCUCGAGAGAUGGCCAUGGCGUCAAUGACAUCCUGUUCCAGAACAGGCUUGAAGCCACUGCGCUAUAUCUCGCCCAUCAUACCCUGGUGCUCCGAAAUACAGCCAACGUCUUCGACGGCUCCCAUAUCAAGGAUUGCAUCGUCGCCAGCGAGAGGAACACGCCUUGCUUGAUAUCCGAGAGACGCAGACAGCUGCGAGGUAACGACUUCGAAAAAGAGGCUCUCAGCUGGGUGGUUGUAGGCUGA